AUGAAUCCCUUUAGAAGAAACCAAGAUCUACCGCCAAGCUACGAUGCAUCACAGUCGAUCGGCCAGCCACCGUUCCAGCCGCAGACUCAAUAUCAGAGGCAGGCAGAGGCCAACCCACCACCAUACCACAACUGGCAAGACGCAGUCCCAGACACCGCCACAUUCCCUCCACCGCCAAUAACAGGCUACCUCCAGUCAGGCACCGGCAACGCCUCCGAAGACGACGCUCAAAGAGCUCAUGACUUCUGCGACAACGUGCCUCUGUGGUUGCCGACCCCACCGUCAGAGGCGGUCUACAGUGACGUCCAAGCAUCUGAUCUGAGACCGGUGCAUCCACGCGAACUACGAGGUCAGGUUACGGCUACGGCCCGUGGCCGCUGGCGGGGUCAUAGUGCGGAUCGGAAUGGGGACUGUGUGAUCAUGACGCAGUUGCCCAUGUACUUUCCGACCAGGGACUCGCCGUUUGUGCGGGAGCAGACGAAGUUGAUUUACUUUGAGGUGAAGGUCUUGGCCUUGAGGGCUGGGCCUGCCGGGGAUGAUAGUGGGAUUUCGAUUGGGUUCGCCGCUCAGCCUUAUCCUUCGUGGAGAUCUCCCGGCUGGGAGCGGGGGGGAUUGGGGGUUUUCUCGGAUGAUGGGUGUCGAUUUGUGAAUGAUUCCUUUGGAGGUCGGGAUUUCACUACUGCCUUUAGGGUUGGGGAGACGGUUGGACUUGGCAUGAGCUUUUCUCUUCCUGAUAAUUUGAAUAUCGGGGUAGAUGGCAAAGGAAAGACCUGCAAGGUGGAGAUCUUCUUUACUCGAGAUGGACAGAGGGUCGGGGGCUGGAAUCUGCAUGAAGAGGUGGAUGCAGAUUCCGGGGGCGUAGAAGGUCUGGAAGGCGAUUUCGACCUGUACGGAGCGAUUGGGUUGUUUGGUGGCGUCGAUUUCGAAUCUUGUUUUGACCCUGCAGGCUGGCUAUGGAAGCCUGUCGAGUAA